AUGAACGACGCCGAGUCCGCCAGCCUGUCCAAGCUGGCCGAGCUGCUGCGACACCCGGAGGACCUGGACAAGAUCGGGUCGCUGAAAGCCGAGUUCACGCGCAAAAAGGCGGCCGUCGACUCGCAGCUGCGCCAUGGGCUGCGCGAGCAGCUCGAAAUCACCCAGUACGGCAUGGGCAGCAUCACCGAGGGGCAGCGCACCGUCAACCUGAUCAAGGACGAGAUGAUGACCAUCGACAAGCUGUGCGCCGAGGCCCAGAACAUGAUCCGCGACUUCCCGCACAUCAACCUCGUCGCGCAGACGCACCGCAACUUUGAGGCCGUGGAGAAGAUGAAGGCCGAUAUCGACGCGUUUGAUAGCCGCCUGGCGGAGCUGGAGGCGCUGCUGGACGAGGACGAGCAGGACCCGGAGAACCAGCCCAACCUGCUGGCUGUGCAUUUUGGCCUGAGCAAGCUGCGGAAUAUCAGGGAUGCCGCCAUGGACCAGAUCAAGAACUCGGAGGACGAAACGCUGAGCAUGGAGUUGGUGCACAACCUGAGUCUCGGGAAUGAUGCUACGCUGCAAGAUUACUUUGAGAGGUUGGACGGCGUGAUAGACUUGUUUGACGAGCAUGUGGGCUUGGCGUGCAUGAACUUGAUACCGCUGGUACAGUCCGGGAAUAAUGGCAUGGUGGUCAGGUUGGCUUUGAUUAUUGAGGAAGAAGAGAAGAUCGACAAGAAGGUGCAGGCGCUGCAGGAUGCGCAGCGCGAGUACAAGGAGCUGGCAAGCCGCUUCAAGAGCAUCGCGACUGGUCCCAAGGAGUUGAGGGGUUACAAGGAGAAAUUACUCAAAGCCGUCGAGCUCUCGGCGCAGUCACAGAUCGAUAUGUCGAACGAAGCGUUCCUGGACGACCCGGACAAGCUAGAGAAGGGCGUGAGAUGGUAUUUCAACGACUUGAACACCGUCAAGCUCGGCAUGGUCAGCCUUAUGCCGCGGAAGUGGAAGAUAUUUCGCACGUAUGUCAACAUAUACCACAAGCUCAUGCACGACUGGCUGGUUUCACGCAUCGACGACCCGGACUCGACGCCCAUGCACAUGCUGGCCAUCAUCCACUGGGAGGAGAAGUACUACAAAAAGAUGCAGAAGUUGGGCGUGCCAGAAGAAGACCUGGUGCCCAAUCUGCUCGACAACCGCGCCACGGAGCUCGUGCGCGAGUAUCGCCAGCUCAUCAUCAGGGCUGUCGAAGAAUGGAUGGCGCGUAUGUCCGAUGUGGACAAGCAGGCUUUCUUCGACCGCUCAGAAAACAGCCUCGACACAGACAUCAACGGCUUCUUCCGCACCAAGACGCUCGGCGACAUGUGGAGCAUGUUGCGCGAGCAGCUCGCCGUGGCCGGCAACAGCUCGCGCCACGACGUUGCAGAGGGCGUCAUUGACGCCAUGUUCAAGGCGCUCUCUUCGAGACAAAGACUCUGGGAAGAGCUCGUCGACACCGAACUCGACAAGUACAGCCUCCCGACAGCAGAUCAAGAUGGCCUGCAGCCACUGCAAGACUGGCUGGUCGCCAUCGCCAACGAUCAGAUUGCGUGUAUUGACGAUGGCGACGACGAGGCUGCCACCGCAGCAGGAGGCAGCUACCUCGAGCGCUUCAGUCGCGAUAUCACGCCGCUCACAUCGCCACAAUACGCGACGAGCGCAUCGGCGCAGAUUGAGAGCCUGCGCGACGGCUACGUCGACCUCGGCACGCACUGCAUCACUGUCUUUGUGCGGCUGAUCUUCACCGUCGACUUCCGCACCAUCCUGCCCGAAUUCUUCACGCCGGCAUGGUACUCGAACAAGCGCAUGGGGCAAAUCGUCAGCACAUUCCAAGACUACCUCAACGACUACGACCCAGUGCUGCACCCGUCACUGCGGGACGUGCUCGUCGAAGAACUCGCCGACGAGCUGCUCGUGCGCUACCUCAGCGCGGUGCACAACAAGGGCGCCAAGAUCCGGCGCUCAGACCCCUACGUCGAAAAGAUCCGCGACGACGUGAUCACGGUGUUUGAGUUCUUUAGCCAGUUCCCGGCCGGCGGCGACAUCAAGCAGAAGUGGCGCGUGGUCGAGCGCUUUGUGCAGCUGCUCGAGGCGGAGAAACACGGCGUCGCGAGCGUGUUUGAGCAGUUUAAGCUCGAGUACUGGGACCUCAAUGUCGGGUGGGUCGAGGCGGUGCUGCGCGCGCGCGACGACUCGGACCGCAGCACGGUGCGCGAUGUCAAGACGAGAGCGGGCAUGGUGGAGGUUGAACGCGGCCCGGAGACUAUUAUGAGUAAGGUUAAGUGA